UCUCUUUCUCGGAUCCAAAAGCGCCGCUUAGUAAUAUGGAAAAUCAGCAAAGUCUCUCCGAAGCUGAAACUCCUCCUAUCGCUCUUCUAAUGCGUGCAACCCUAAUUACCACCUCUCUUAUUGCUAUUGGAUUAAUCAUCCUCUACCAACUCGCAGAGGGACAGCAGGCUCCCAAGUUCAUCUUCAAUGGCCAACAAUCUGCCUACGUUGCAUUCAAAGUCUUGGUCUGGCUUGCCUUCUUCGGCGUGUUUAGCUCCAUGUCUCAACACAGUUAUCCCAAGACAGAAAGGAUCAAGAAUGGGAUACCCAUCGCACGAAGCUCCUGUAGUGGUUCCCUUCCGCAAUUUUAAUGAGGAAAUGAGACGUCCUGGGAUUUGGGAAUCAGACCAAGCUGCCUCCUCUACAGCUCAUAAUUCUGGUGAUAGUCUUGCUUCUUUAUACCGUCCUCCAUUUGCUUUGAUGCACAAUGGGCCCUUUAAAAAGGCAAAAGAUGCUGCUAAAAUCCAGGACAAAUGGUUCCUUGUAAAUGUGCAAUCUGCCAAGGAAUUCAGCUCACAAAUGCGUAAUUGUGACACCUGGGCAAAUGAAGCUGUUGCUCAAACUAUCAGUUCUAAUUUCAUCUUCUGGUAUAGGAUGACACACAAGAAGGUAGGAAGGUUCGCACCUAUUACAAGUUGGACUCUGUUCCUGUAAUUCUUGUAAUUGAUCCCGUCACAGGUCAGAAAAUGCGCUCAUGGCAUGGCAUGGUUCAACCAGAGAGUUCACUGGAG